AAGUGUCCUAGGAGUAGGAGAGAGAGGUGACUGCAUGCGGAGAUCCUGCCAUGGCAUUGACGUGUUUGGGAAGGUUCCGGCCGGUACUACACCAGCUGAGAUCCACUGCAGCCACGUGCACAUGGAACGCGGCACCGAAGCUCCGACACCAAGAACUUCCCCCGCCUUGUCUGAGUAGACAGCUGGCCACCAAAAGCAGCAAAGGGAAAAACAAAGGAAACGCGUCAGCGAGAGUAAACCUCAACGCUGCUUUGGUGGAAGACAUUAUCGAUCUGAAGGAGCUCGAGCAGGAAAUGAGAAGCGUCCUCGACGGCCUCAAAGAAGACUUUAACAAAACCCUGAGUAUCAGAACCUCUCCCAGUGCUUUCGACCAUAUCGUGAUCUCAACCAAAGACGGCAAAAUCCCAUUGAGCCAUUUGGGACAGAUCACCAUGAAAUCUCCGCGGCUCUUCGUUAUCAACAUGUCAAGCUUCCCUGAGAGCGCCCCGGCAGUGGUGAAUGCCUUGAGCCAGAGUCAGAUGAACUUGAACCCAGAGCUCGAUGGCUCUCUCAUCCGGGUACCCGUUCCGCAGGUGACACGGGAGCACCGAGAGAAUUUGGUGAAGCUGGCAAAACAACUGACCAACAAAGCCAAGGAAUCUCUACGGAAGAGCCGCACCCGGGCUGUGCAGGAGGUCAAAAAGGCCAAGGACGGCGUGUCGGAGGACACCAUAAAACUGAUAGAAAAGCAGAUCCAGCAGAUGUCGGAUGACACAGCAGCAGAAAUGGACAAGCAGUUGGCCUCAAAGACCAAGGAGCUCUUGGAAUAAGCGGCGCGUCUAGUAACUGGUCAGCGACUGCC